UUCUUCUUGAACGCCAUUAUGAUAAUACCAGAAGUUUAGAUAGAGAGUAAGGUUUGAAGUGAACGCUUUCCUCUUUACCACCUUGUGAUUGCUGAUGAAGGGCAAUCGUUCACGUGAUUUGUCGGAGAUGCACGUCAAAACAUAUUAAGGGUUCAAACGUUGCAUAUUAUCUAGACCAAUAAAAAUGUAGUAUACAGCCUGCAGUUAAACUAAAACCUGAAACAAUUUUUUCAUUCAUUAAAUCUGUUGCGACGAUCGCAAUGAACAGAACACAAACCUGACGGAGAGUGGUCUCAGAUACUCUAGCCGAAUAUCCUCUCAUCGAAUAUCCGAAUGCCAAUACGCACAUGUCACUCGUGACAGAAGCUGCUUGUUGUCCCGUCAUCUUUGAGCUCUUGUUUUGCCACAUCAUUGUCGAGGCUCUGUAUAAAAGUUUUAAUCUAAUUUUAUCCCUUCCAAAAAUAUCAUGCUUACUCACAGUCGGUAUCUACUGUCGGUAUUUCCCGUUGAGUUUUCCAUGUGUUAUCAGUAGUGCGUACAGUGGGCUUACCCAACAGGAAGAAUUUUUGCAUCAUUUCCAAUGAUAAGACUGCCUGCAGAUGGUUAAUCUACAGUUGCAUUUCGUCGGGACCUAUAAAAGAGAAGCUUCUACGUUCUUUCUUCACUCAGUGUCGUCAGGAUGAAAACCUUCGUGCUACUAGUUGCUCUGUUCGCAGCGGCCAACGCCGAGAUCGAUUGGUCCAAGGUGCGCCCGAUCGAGGAAUUCGAUCACUACUGGGCCCGUCUCCCGCAGGAGCUUCAAAUCUACCGUCAUGCCAUACCAUCGCAUCGUAUCGUCAACGGCCAGGAGGCUACUCCCGGUCAGUUCCCAUACCAGAUUGCUCUGUUGAGCAACUUCCCCACUGGAACUGGUCUGUGCGGAGGUUCCGUGCUCACCAACAACUACAUCCUGACUGCUGCCCAUUGUGUCAUCUCUGGCGCUACGACUGUGGCUCUCGGAGGUACAGCCAUCAUCGGUGCCCAUAACCGUAACGUUCCUGAGCCUAGCCAGCAGGUCAUUGAUUUCACGUCCGCCGGAAUCGUUGCCCACCCUGGUUAUACUCCGACCAACAUUCGCAAUGACGUCGCCGUUGUUCGUCUGAACUCUCCGAUCACCUACACCGAUCGCAUUCAGCCUGCUCGUCUUCCUGCUCGCUCGGAUACUCGUCAGUUCGGAGGAUUCACCGGAACCGUGUCUGGAUUCGGUCGUACAUCUGAUGCCAGUCAGGCUACCUCUGCCGUUGUGAUGUUCACCAGCAACCCGGUCAUGACCAACGCUGACUGUAUUGCCAGCUGGAACAGUGUUCUCAUUGAGCCCCAGAACAUUUGCAUGAGCGGAGAAGGUGGUCGCUCGGCCUGUAACGGUGACUCCGGUGGCCCGCUUGCCGUCCAGGAUGGUGGAAGCCUCCAAGUUGGUAUUGUGUCGUUCGGAUCUGCUGCUGGUUGUGCGAUCGGUAUGCCAUCGGUAUACGCUCGUGUGUCCUUCUUCCUGGACUUCAUCGAGUCCAACUCCGACUUCACUGCUGCCGCUUAAAUUGUGGAAUUUUUAAUAAAACCUUUCAUUUUCGCAUAUAAA